UCAGAGCCGCCGCAUCAUCACACAGCCAAGCGCGUGAGCACCACACACGACCAGGAUCACGCGAAGACGAGCCAGGACCUUGCACGAAUCACACGCACGGCCCAGACUGCUCGUGGACUCCAGCUCGUCAGGAUGAAACCUGGGGAAAAGGUGCUUUAGUGAGUCUAAUGUGAAAAGCGUCUUUGUCUGAGAACUGGUUUAAGCUUUGAUGUGCGCGCUGAUCGGAGAUCAGAUUACAAGGGUCUGUCUGAUCGCAGGCACGCUGCCUUUGAUCUGAGCACGGAGCUCGCGUUGAAACACACACACACACACACACACACACAGCGGAGGAAGAAACAAGCCUGUCCUGUAAUGAGCGCGUGAUAUACCGAAAGAUCUUCCCGAUCUACACGAUCACUUGUGUGUACGUGAGGAAACCUUCAGCAUGAAUCUUGCAUCAGCUCUCAGCUGCUUUUCUCUUCUGAAGAUACUUUUUCUCCACUUAUUACUAGUUGCCAUAAUGGCAGAGGAAAGAAGAGCAUGCAGGGAGCAGGAAUACAAGGAUCAGUUCGGGAACUGUAUUGCCUGUAGGCAGUGUGACGCUGGACAAGAACUAUCAAAGGAAUGUGGCUUUGGCUAUGGAGAGGAUGCCCAUUGUGUGCCCUGCAAGGCUAGCCGCUUUAAAGAGGACCAAAGUUCACAGAAAUGUAAACCUUGUCUUGACUGUGCUGACCUCAAUCGCUUCCUGAAAGCCAACUGCUCCAGCACUAGCAAUGCAGCGUGUGGUGAAUGCUUACCUGGGUUUUACAGAAAAACAAAGCUAAGCGGAUUUCAAGACAUGGAGUGUAUCCCAUGUGGAGAUCCACCACCGCCUUAUGAGCCACAUUGUGGUGGACGUGUAAAUCUGGUGCCCAUCCCUUCCACAGUGACCAGCCCCAGAGAUAUGGCACUUGCUGCGGUCAUUUGCAGCGCUCUGGCCACUGUCCUUCUGGCUCUCUUUAUUCUUUGCGUCAUCUAUUGCAAGAGGCAGCUCCUGGAGAAGAAGCCUGCAUCACUCAGGUCUCAGGAUGGUUCCUUUAUUGGAGCCGAGCUGUCCUAUUUGGAUAGACGACAAGUUCUGGACUUUUCCCGGCGACCCUGCUGCUAUUGUCAGCACGUCCCUGAGCAAAUGUGUGCAGGCCCUGUGGAUCUGCUUCCCAGCCUGUGCUGUGAAGACACAUACAGCCAGACACUUGGCCAAGACAACAGUCCCUUUCAGUCACAAAACAGUCUGAAUGAGAGACUAAUUGUACAGCAGUCUGCGUGGAACAGUCAGGGUGAUUUGGAACAAGCUGCCGAACCUCUUCCUGUGGAAUUCUCUGAGGAAUUGCCACUCAUGCAGGAGCCUUUAGACAGGACUCAGCCCAUGAAUAGCAGUAACCCUUCCUCUGAGGAAGAAGAUGAGGAAAAUGUAAACGAAAAAGAGCAGCAUGAUUCAUCUUCAGUCUCUAAUAAACUCUCCUCAGUGGUUAAACAGGAUGGAAGAUGUUUGUCUGAGCAACUUCUGUCUACAGUCGAAGGAUGACCUGGCUUUAUCUAGCCCAAGUUUAUCCUUAAGAACUGCUCUGGAUGUGAAAAGGAGGCACUGAGGAAGAUCCCAGCUCAGAUUAAAUGAGGCCACACACAUACACAUCCUGAAAGGCAGGUGAUGUGCGCUAUCUUCCCAGCAGCUUAUGGUCCAUGGUUAUCCAGCGCAAAUCAGACCAGGCUCUAUACAUAAACAUGACCAUGACCCAUAAAAACCCAAAACAGACUGAGGAACCCAAACAACGAAAAUCUUUGUGCAAUGCCACACUGAAUUGGAAGUGGCCUGUAAAGAGAGCGAUGGAAUUGUAUCAGAUGAUUUCCUAAAAAAAACAAAAAAAAAACAGGACUUUGUAUGAACAGAUGUAUAAAGAAAUGUAUCUGCAACAUUAAGUGAAAAAUACUUUGAAGGGACUUGACUAUGUAUCAUGCCAUUACAAUUUCACAAAAUAUGAACACACAAGACAUGAUUAUUGUGCAUUGUUUUGUUUUUCUUGUAGAUACUGUAUUAUAGAAAAUAGAAGGACAAUAUUUUUCUAAUGUAGAUUGCCUGUGGUCAGUCAUUCAAAUAAUUAUGGUUGAUAAACACUUACAUUUUCCUUUUUGUUAAACAUGAAUUUUAUUGCUCUUCAUAUUUCUAAAUAAAUAAACAAAUAAGAUCACUGAAUUGAACGAAUAACACAAACAUUCAAUUACAACAAACCUUCAAACCAUAAUUCAACUGAAAAAAAUGUGAAGCUCUGUAUUAAUUGCCUGUAAUUUAAUCUUGUUGGUUACAGUCUACAUUUAAGUGUCUAGAGGAUUUGAUGGAAUUCCCCGGGUCAUUCUUAACAGGAAUGUUCUGGUGAAAAAAAAAAAAAAAUCCAUAAUUUAAUAGGUGCUCCUUAACAAUCAAGACACUUGAGAGGAAUUUAGCCAACAUUCCACAGGCACUUUGUGAGGGGGAAAAGCUAGCAGGGAAUUUGUGAUCACAUGUCUGAGCCUUAGUCUGAGGGCAGUAACCAUGAUCAAAAAGAUAAAAGGAUAUGGAGAAAAAAAAAAAAGAUUAAACUCACAACAUUGACAAGUUAUUAAUUGUGGAACAUUACCUAAAAAAAUACUUAAGGUAGAAAUUCUGUUAACUGUGCAUUAGGUUAUUUUUAAAGCAUUUAAGCAAUUAAAUGUGAGUAAACAAUGAAAUUAGUUUUAAACAACUGAUUGUUGAUUUUUCUGUGGUACUUUGGAAGCCUUUUUUGUGGAACCCCAGAAGCGUUCCUCUCCCAAAAAGGGUUCCAUAAUUUUACCUCAUGAAUCCAGUUAAUUUAACACAGUGUCUAAAGUUUCAGAGGUCAGGAUGAACGAUCUAUACAAUUACACACUAUUGUCAACAAAAAUUCAAUUGAACACAUGCAGGUUCUCCAGUGGAAAUUAAUUCCCCAAUGGAUUAUGGGGUAUAUCUAUGCAAUAAAUAAAUAAUAAAGCAUAAUCAGUGCAUACAGUAUUAUACGUGUACCACAAGGGGAUUCAUUUUGCUCUAAUUAUUAGGUUAACCUUUUUGUGUUAAGGGGUUUUCACUACCAAUUGAAGCAAUAAUUUGACUCACUUAAUACCAAGGCCUUUACAUGAUGAAGAUGUGGUGCUGUUCACUUUGUAGUGAUAUUGAACACUUGCCUUUAUUACAAAA